AUGACACCGUCCACCGCCGACCUCUCCAACUGCGAGACGGUGAUCUCGUUCAACGGCAGUCUGGACCAAUACCUCCAUGUAUCGCCAACAAAGAAUGAAAAUACCAGGAGCGAGACCGCCUCGCCAUUGAAACGGAAACUGAACAGCGCAACAGACGAGCAAAGCAACCCGUCGUCGCCCACCAAACGCCCAUCUCCCUCCGCCCUCCCCAUCCCAUCUCCCACCCGCCGAACCACCCGCUCACAGUCCACCCAGGCCCUCCAAACCACCCUCCUCACCCGCCCAUCCCCAACAAAACGAACCCGAAGCUCCAAAUCCACCACCCCCGCCUCUCCCGCCCCCAAUGGCGGACCCGUCUGUCUCCUCCGCGACACCAUCCCGCCCGGCCUGAUCCUUCUCUUCAUCGGCGUCAACCCCGGCAUCAUGACCGGCCAAACCGGCUUCGUCUACGCCCACCCGUCCAAUCUAUACUGGAAGCUCCUACACUCGUCGGGCAUAACGGCCCGUCGACACCCGCCGAGCGAUACUUACCGCCUCCCCGAGCUCUAUGGCGUCGGGAACACGAACAUCGUGGCGCGUCCGACGCGCGAUGCGAGUAUGCUGUCCAAGGCGGAGAUGGAUGCGGGCGUGGCCAUUCUGGAAGAGAAGGUUAGGAAGAGUAGGCCGGAGGCGGUGUGUUUGGUUGGGAAGAGCAUUUGGGAGACGUUUUGGAGGGUUAGGAAGGGGAGGAAUAUCAAGAAGGAGGAGUUUAGAUAUGGUUGGCAGGAUGAAACUGAGAACAUGGGCGUGAUAGCACGUGGGGAGGGCGAGGAUGGCGAGGAGUGGAAAGGAGGCCGUGUGGAGCGAACUGGGAGCGUGGGUGAAGCAAAGAAGGGAUGA